GGCUGUAACCCUCUUGCAGAGACUGGUCGAAGCAAACUGCAAAAUCAAAGAGCUGUCCUAAACCAACAGAUCUUAAGAGCAGUAAGAUUGAGAGCUGGUGCUGAAAAUCUUUUAAGAGCAACUACCAACAACAAAGUACGAGAACAUGUACUACUGGAACUGAGUUUUGUAAACUCAGACCUGCAGAUCUUAAAGGAAGAAUUGGAAGGACUUAACAUCUCAGUAGAAGUUUAUCAAAAUACAGAAGAGACUUUCAGCAUUCCCUUGGUACCUCUUGGCCUGAAGGAAACCAAAGAAGUAGACUUUACACUUCCCCUCAAGGACUUUAUUUUGGAACAUUAUAGUGAAGACAGUUCUGAGUAUGAAGACGAAAUAGCGGAUCUCAUGGAUCUGAGACAAGCCUGCCGUACUCCUAGCCGAGAUGAAGCUGGCAUUGAGAUGUUGAUAAGCUAUUUCCUUCAACUUGGUUAUGUAGAAAACAGAUUUUUCCCACCCACCAGGCAUAUGGGAGUUUUAUUUACAUGGUAUGACUCCUUCACAGGUGUCCCAGUGUGUCAGCAAAAUCUCUUGCUUGAAAAAGCUAGUAUUUUAUUCAACAUUGGAGCUGUCUACACCCAGAUUGGAACAAGAUGCAAUCGGCAGACGCAGGCUGGACUUGAAAAUGCUGUUGAUGCUUUUCAGAGAGCUGCAGGAGUCCUAAACUACUUAAAGGAGACCUUUACUCACACACCAAGUUAUGAUAUGAGCCCAGCUAUGCUGAAUGUACUAGUAAAAAUGAUGCUUGCGCAAGCUCAGGAGUGUGUUUUUGAGCAGAUUGGUCUUCCUGGAAUACGCAAUGAGUUUUUCAUACUAGUGAAAAUGACACAGGAAGUUGCCAAGGUGGGAGAGGUUUACAUGCUGGUUAACACUGCAAUGAAUCAGGAACCAGUGAAAGAGAAUAUCCCCUAUUCCUGGUCUAAACUGGCACAAAUAAAGUCAGACCAUUAUAGAGCUCUGGCACAUUACUUCAUUGCCACCGUUCUGUGUGACCAUGAAUUGCAGUCCGGUGAUGAUGAAGAUCAGCAGGAGAAAGCCUUGUCCCAGCUGUAUGACCACAUGCCUGAAGGACUGAUGGUUCUCACCAUUUUAAAGGACAAAGCGCAGAGAAAACAAUUAGGGAAAGCACAUUUACGCAAAGCCAUUGUUUGCCAUGAAGAAGCUCUAAGGGUCUGUGGGCUGUGCAAAAAGCUUCGAAACAUUGAUGUUCUUCAGGAGGUUUUGACAGCUGCACAUAAGCGCUCACUUCUCAAAUAUUCUCAGCAGGAGAUGGAAGAUGACUUUCUCAGUCUAAACCAAGCUCCAGAUAUCCUUCCUAAAACGGAGCAUAAAAUAGAAGCAAUUGCUCCUCAGUUUUCCAAGGUGAAGGUUAAAGACUUCUUUCACAGACUGGGCCCACUGACAGUAUUCUCAGCCAAACAGAGAUGGACAGCUCCACGUACCAUUCGCAUCCACCAUGAAGCAGGAGAGCUAGGAUUCAGUCUUAAAGGAGGUGCACCAGUGCAGAUUCACUGUCUUGAUCCAGUUUGUUCUGCAGCAUCAAUGGGCCUAAAAGAAGGUGACUACAUAGUUUCAGUUGGUGGUGUGGAUUGCAAGUGGCUUGGAGUGAAUGAAGUGCUGGAAAAAUUCAAAAGCGGGGGAGAGCAGCCCAUUGAGAUUGAGGUUAUCAGUUGCCAGGAUACAGCGGCAUCUAUGCAUAGUAAGAGUGCAACUUACUCUGUGGGAAUGCAGAAGACAUACUCUUUAAUCUGUUUAGCCAUGGAGGAGGAUAAGAUUGAUCAGACCAAGAAAGCCCCACUGAAACUGCCUUUUCUAAGCUGGGGAACUAAAAAUAGACAGAAGGCUGCAAGCACCCUCUGCCUGCCUUCAGCUGUGGCUGGAAGUUCUCAGAUUAAGAAGAAGGUUUCUCCCUUCACAUUUCUGAAUACGGAAAGUUCAUUGUACUGA